UGAAAUGAGUACUGGACACUUCCAACUGAACCUGAAUACAUGAUGRGUUUAAUCAUGGCAUYUUUUCUCUCYGCAGCUCUGCUGUUGCUGGUUCCCGGGAUCCUGACUGAAAAGUCUUCCAUUGAGUUGGUGGUGGUCAACAGCAUCUCAAACACACCCAAUCAGACCUACAGUACUGAUGUCGCAUUCAGAGGAGUCCUUAUCGGUGCCAUGAGGAGGCUGCAGGGGACCAGUGCAGGAUUCAAUUUCACCUACACAGAGGACCGCAACUAUGGUCCCUUCCUGGUGAGUGUGAAUGGUGUAGCCGGGAACAAUACUGAAAACACUUUCUGGGAGCUCCUUGUUCAGACUGGGGGGAAUGGGACCACGAUCAGACCUGAUGUGGGUAUUGGCUGUUACAUCCCUGAACCAAAUGACCGCAUCAUCCUAAGAUUUACUGUGUUCAACUCGGGCUCGCACUCCGUGAGUGGCAACAGUUCGAAUCCUGGGAACCUGACAGCAGGAAACACUUCCAGACUAGAUUCCAUUGAGCUGGUGGUAGUCAACAACAUCUCAAACACAACCAACAAGACCUACAGUACUGACAUUGCAUUCAGAGGGGUCCUUAUCGGUGCCAUGAGGAGACUGCAGAUCAAUUCAGGAUUCAAUUUCACCUAUACAGAGGACCCCAACUAUGGCCCCUUCCUGGUGAGUGUGAAUGGUGUGGCUGGGAACCUUACUGAGAAAACCUUCUGGGAGCUCCUGGUUCAGACUGGGGGGAAUGGGACCACAAUCAGACCUGAUGUGGGUAUUGGCUGCUACAUCCCAAAACAAAAUGACCGCAUCAUCCUGAAUUUUACAAUGUUCACCACAAACUCCGCGAGUGGCAGUGGUACGAAUCCUGGUGUGUUGUUGUUUUUGGUGUGUUUGUUUUUUGUUUUCUGAUCUAAGCUUAACCCUUGCCUCAGUGACUACCAUACAUAACCCUAAAACACUAACUAACCCCAUACCUUCGUCACUACCUGUCACGUUCCUGACCUUAUUUCCUUUGUUUAGUCUUUGUUUAGUUGGUCAGGACGUGAGCUGGGUGGGCAU